CUGACACACACAUACACACACACACACACAGGAGAGGAGCCUCAGAGGAACAUGUCAGCCGCUAUUUGUGCCUUCAUACUGACUUUUUCAACACUAUGCGGAUCCAGAGCGGUUUCAGGAGUCCUCAGCCCACCCAGAAAUGUCCGCCACACCUCCUUCAACAUGAACCUGAUACUGCUGUGGGAUCCACCUGAAGACAAGCCCGACGGUCUGGUCUACACUGCCCAGUACAGGACUGUACAGCAGACUUACACCGAGGUCUGUACCAACGUUUCCACCCCUGAAUGUGACUUUAAGGAACAUCUCUUCGUGUACGGGAAGUAUACGAGCCGAGUGCGGGCGCAGUUGGGGGACGAUGUCUCCCCCUGGGUGGAGAAUAACCAGACUUUCUUGGACAAAAGAACCAUAAUCGGUUCACCCAACGUCACUCUCUUCUCCAGCGGGGCCACCAUUGAAGUCAGCAUCACUGACCCUGUGUUCGCGACUUCGUCCCUCAGGAACGUCUACACGAAAGCCACCUACAACAUCACCUACUGGAAGGAGAGCGAGGAGGAAAAGACCAUAAUCAGCAACAUAGAGCAGAGCCGGGUGGUUCUGAAUAAUCUGGAUCCUCGGACCAAGUACUGCAUCCAAGUCCAAAUCGACACAAAUAGGGACCCCGAAUUCAGCGAGCCCAGCACUCCUAUCUGUGAGAGCACCACUGAUGAUGAGGAACCUCCAUGGGUGGUAGCAGUGGUGACAUUCGUUGGCAUGGCCAUGAUGGUGUCACUGGUGUUGGUUGCAGUGGUGUAUCGGAAAAUGAUAUCCAACUUUCUCUGCCCAACAGAUACGCUACCUCAGCACUUUAAAGAGUAUUUGCUGGACCCCCCCAACUCACCCAUGUACUUGGCUAUGCGCAACUCCCACCCACCUGAGGAGGUCUACCACCAGGUCAGCAUCAUCCCAGACAGCAAUACUGUGGAGGAAGGGCGCCCUCUUGAGGCAGCAGGGACCAACUGCAGUAGACAGCAGCCUGACGUCACACAAAUUCAGAGAUAAAAAGCAAAGAAAGAGAGAAAAAAGACUGAAAAGAACAGAAGAAAUGAAGAAUAGCUGAUCUGCAGGCCGCUGUCAUUCAGGGACGCUGAGAAAAAGUGAAAUGACGGCGAGUUUUAAUGCUGUAAAUUCUGCAGCAGUCUCGUGUUACUGUGAAGUUAUUGUACAGCAGACCCACAGAGAGGUGUAGGUGUGUGUACAGAAUGUAUGCCUUAUUCUGGAGGUGUUAAUUAUCUGUUGUACAUCUCUAUCAUUGCUUGCAGUAUUACCACAUACUGUUCCACAUACUGUACUUACUAUACUGAAGACAUAUGGCACACCCAACCAGAGUUGCCCACACUAAUGUAUUUAAGCUGCCUAGACACAUCCACCAUUCAUUUACUGUGUACUGAAACUGAAAUAUAGACUGACAAUAUUAUCGAGACGAAUCCAGAUGCUGACUCUGACAACAUGAUGUCUGUCUGCGAGUGGGACCGAGCACUUUCACACUGACAGUGAAAGUACUGGUUCAUGAUUGUGGAAGUUAUUCAUUGAAAAAAAAACCCCACAUGUAUGAAAUUGGUUGUGACACAGGCUUUGGGACAGAAAUAACAUCAAACCUCCAAAGUCUGGACGAAGUGUCACUAAUGUUUUCGGGUUGAUACCUCGAUGUUUGCGAUACCUCGGCACAAACGUCCACUCGGGCUCAUGAACUGAUUCAAAUUUGGUGUUUAACAAAGUUCACAUAAAUGUCUGUCAGGAUAAAUGUCUGGGUAUAAUGUUUUAUAUCAAAAAGCUCAAAGAUUGACUUUACAAUGUUCUGCAAAAACACACUUUUCUGGCCGUUAUUGAUCGCCAUAACUCAGGAAGAGAGAGAGGAGACUGUGACCAUAUUCCACAUGUGGUCAGAUACUGACUUGGUGACACUAAUCUUUGGGUUUCCACUUUAAAACUGUGGUGAUUGUAAAGAUCUUCUGUGCUGGAGGGUGAUGGGUGAAGAUGUGUACCAAGCUAGCAGAAGAUUUGGUGGCGCCAAAGCUCAGAAUUAGAUUAAAACUAGGGGUGUGUCCAAAAAAAUCAAUCCAUCAAUUAAUAUCGAUUUUCUAUUUAAAAAUUCAAUAUCGAUUCAAAAUUCUGUGAAUCGAUUUUUUUCAAGCAGUGUUUUCCUGACCAGCCUUUUCAGUGUGUUGUUAAACUACAAACCAGCUCGCCAUAUCCUUAACUCAUUCAGAGAAUGAAAUAAUAAUUUGAACUGACAUGCUUAUCCAUAAUCUUUAUGUGCACUUUUUGAAAAUCAUUGGUUACAUGAUGACAUCAUAAUUCAAAAUGACAUGAUAUAAAAUGCCACUGGUCUUAAGGGUAAAUGCACAUAGAUGCUAUCAUGCUAGAUCCCAGUGUUUCAUGAUUUAACUUUACUCUUGAAGAAUUUGGUGUCCACACAUGAUUGCGUGUUAAAAAUAUUGUCUGACUUACAAAACAGAAACUCUGGGAACAUAAAAUUCAAUCAAUAUUGAAUCGAAUCGAGAAUCGGAUUGACUCGGGACCCUCUGAAUCAGAAUCGAAUCGAAUCG